AGGUUUUACCGUGGGGAAAAAGGAAUGAACACGAAAAAGAAGAACCUUCCGUCGUCCUCUCAGUUUAACGAAAUCUGAUUUCAAUUAUUGUCGUGACCCAACGAUUUUCGCAACCGAUCGAAGAAAUGGGCGGGCCGGCUCAAGCUCUGAAGAGAAUUCCUCGCAUCAAAUUUCCUCCCAGACAUCCUAAACCCUCCGGUGCCGGAUCUGCAUCAGGGACUCAAGCAACAGCUUCAUCAGUAAAUCCUCCUCAAGGUUUCUUUUCAAGGCCCCCUAGUAUGACUCCAGGUGGAAAGGCCUCUGACCAGCCAAAACGAACUCCAUUGUCCCAAGAGGAGAUUGAGGCCAUCCUGUUGGGUGGCAGCGGUCUGUGAAGUAGCAUGAAUCCCCGUGGACGGACAUAUGCCAACAACAUUUUUGUGGAUUUUUUGUUUAUAUUUCCUGGGGAAUUUGACAUUGUAUGUCACUGAAAGCAAAUUACUUUGUACUAAUUUAAGAUAAGAGAAUUUGGUCUACUUUGUUAUCCCUGGAAAUUGAUAUUUGCAUAUGUGAUAAAAUGCUACUUUCUGCGAUGUACUUUUGAUGUAACUGGUGCUUGACUGCUUGCUGAAUUUGGUUGAUAACAAUCGUGAGAGAAAAAUUGGUGUUCUUAUUCCGGAACCUUGUUUCUGCAUUUUAGUUAGGCAGUGAUUUUGAAUCCUUCAGCGUAUCUCGGCAACUCGGAUUUCUGCAUGAAAACGGUAAAACCAGGUCUACAGCUAGAGAAGCAAUGCAUACUACUUAUUAUAGUCCUCGAAACACCAGUUCAAAAUGUUCUCAUGCUCCAUAAUUUACAGGAUGAUGAUCUAUAUAGACAUAUGCAGGAGAGAACUAACUAGACUCUGAACUUGAACUUGCCCUCUUCUCUAAGAUUUUCUCCAGUACUGCAGACCUGGGGUUAACCAUUGGUGGCCCUUUCUCGCGGCGUUCGAGCUCUUCAAGACGAAAAGUUAUCAACCGAUCCCAAACACCGCCUUCGAAAAGAACGCCAGCUUUGCCAUCAGUGAUCCUCUGGAUAUUUCCACAGUACAUAUAAUAUGGACUGUUGGGAUUCUUCACAAUCACUAUCAUUCCAGGCAACAAAAUCGGGAAUUCUGGCGGCUUCGGCUUCUUGACUAGACUCUGGUUAAACCCAACUGCUGUUGCUGCUUGUGCUUUUGUUUUCUUUGGAGGCGGUGGGUUUUCUUUAAGGAAUUUCUGGAGUCCUUUUUCUCCCCCUGGAAAUCCACCAGUUAAUCCCUGUAACUCCUUUUCAAAUCCCUCUUCCGGAACACUUAAACUUGUGGAUGAUGAUGAAACUUGGGACUCCUCUUCUGUUUCUGGAUUCUUAACGUUGUCUGCUGGAGCCGUUUCCAAUGGUGUAACACUCUUCUUGAGUUCCUCCUGAAGUCCUGCUUCUCCAUUGCAAAGGCCUCUGCCUCCUAGGAUUUCAAGAGGGUUGAAUUUUGCCAUUGAAACAAUGUGAAUUUGUUUUGGAGAUGAAGAAGAACCAUUUUUGUGGGUGGAACUGGGUAAUAAGUUGGUAUUGGGAUGGCCAAGAAAUGUGGAUUUCUGAAGGAGGGCUCCUUGAAGGAAUGAAGAUGCCAUAACUUUCUUUCUAGUUGAAUCAAAAUAAUGGCAGAUUGGGCAGGCUUUUGAUUUGAAGUUGGAAUUGAGGAGAAGAGGAGAAUAACCUAAAAGAUUGUCUUAUGAAUACUGGCCACAAAUUUGAUAUUCGUUUGUCCUAUCAUUUGACAUUGUGCUUCAGCUACCAAUUAACUUUGGGUUGGGUACUAUUGACGUGUCAUGCUCUGCUGGGAAUCUACUUUAUUCACUUAUUUUUUGAAUAUUUAUUCUAUCAC